GAUCACGGGCACUUGGUUAUGGUUAUUUUUCACUAUAAAAGCUUCCUGUCCCAGCCUCAAAUCGUCAGUCAACUCGCAUUUAGCAAAGUAAUCUCAACUAAGUCAACUUUUGUUAUCCAGUUAACAAAACAACCCAAACUACCAAAAUGUACAAGCUGUUCGUUUUCUCGUGCCUGAUCGCCGCUGCCGUCGCCGCCCCAGCUCCAGGAGUCGUCCUUGCCUCUCCAGUAGUCCACGCUCCAGUUGUGCACGCUGUCCACGCUGCUCCAGUUGCCGUCAGCCACUCUUCCAGCCACGUUGUGCACCACGCUCCAGUCGUCAAGCAUGCCGUCGUUGCCCACGCUUCUCCAGUAGUUGCCGUGCACCACGCUCCAGUUUUGACCAAGACCGUCGUUGUUCAGUGUCCACGCCGUCCACACUCCAGCUGUCCACCACACCCAGUCCUGGCCAAGACUGUUGCUGCCCCAGUUGUCCAUGCCGCACACCCAGUCCUCAAGAGGUCGUCGUUCACCACCAAAUCCCAUCCCCACACAAACCCCCAAAACCUGAGAAACAGAACAAAGACUAGACAAAUCUCCCUGGAAACCGAAUCGUCCUAA